GAAAUCUUUUGAUAAGAUUUUGACAUUAAUGGUUUUUUAAAUUCUUUUUUAGACAAAAAUAAUUUUAAAAAAUGAGUGGUGGUGUAUAUGGUGGUGAUGAAGUUGGUGCUGUUGUAUUUGAUGUAGGUUCAUAUUCUACAAGAGUUGGGUAUGCUGGAGAGGAUUCACCUAAGGGUGAUAUUUCAACAUCAAUUGGUGUAAUUAGUGAGCCAGAUGAAGCAAUGGAAAUAGAUAAUAAGAAACCUGCGAAGCGUUAUCAUUUUGAUCCUCAGCAUAUGUAUCCGAUUAGUAAUAAAGAGAUUGUUAAUCCAUUGAAAGAUGGUAUGAUUGAAGAUUGGGAUCUGUUUGAAAAUUUACUUAAUCAUAUAUACAAAGAGCACAUACGUGAUGAUUCUUCUGCUCAUCCUGUACUUAUGUCAGAAGCUUCAUGGAACACUAAAGCUAAAAGAGCAAAAAUAACAGAAUUGUUAUUUGAGAAAUAUGACAUUCCUGCUUUUUUCUUGUGCAAAAAUGCAGUUUUAGCUGCAUAUGCCCAUGGCCGAUCCACUGGCGUUAUAAUUGAUUCUGGUGCUACUCAAACUAGCGCAGUGCCUGUUCAUGAUGGCUAUGUUUUACAACGAGGAAUUGUUCGCACACCAAUUGCUGGCAAUGUUCUUACAAGUCAAUGUUUAGAUUUAGUGCAAGAAUGGGGCAUUGAUAUUGUACCAUCCUACAUGAUAAAAUCUAAAAAACAAGUUGAGGAAGAGGUGCCAGCAGAUUUUAGUUUACGCGAUUUACCACCACUAACAGACUCAUACAAAACUUAUAUGAAAAGUGAAUUGAUUCGCGAUUUUCAAAAAAAUUGUUUACAAGUUUCUGACAGUCCAUUUGUGCAAAGCGAAUUAGAAAAUGUUCCAGGUUUUCAUUAUGAGUUUCCUAACGGUUAUAAUCGCCAAGUUGGAAUUGAAAGGUUUCGCAUUAGUGAGGGUCUUUUUGAUACAACUCAUAUUAAAAAUAUCAAGGGAUUCGAAAGUACGACACUUUUAGGAGCUCCUCAUGUAAUCAACACUUGCAUAGGAAUGUGUGAUAUUGAUAUUAGACCGGCUCUCUACAACAGCAUUGUAGUUGUUGGUGGAAAUACGCUUAUUAACGGUUUUGUCGAACGGCUUAACCGCGAACUUCUUCAAAAAACACCUAGUAAUAUGAGAUUGAAACUGGUAUCAAACAAUCAAUCUUCUGAAAGGAGGUUUAGCUCGUGGAUAGGUGGAUCGAUUCUUGGUUCACUGGGUUCGUUCCAACAAAUGUGGGUUUCAAAACAAGAAUACGAAGAGUCUGGCGCAAAAGUUGUUGAAAAGAAAUGUCCUUGAAAUGAAAUUUUCUUAUAAAUUUGCAUAUUAUAGGAUUAUCUCAACAACGAAAAAAAAAGAAUUUUACAAUAUUUUAAAUUUCUUUAGAUCUAAGUAUUCGAUCUAUUCAAAAAUUCAGAAGUUUUGUUAACCACCCUAUAGUAACCAACUUGAAUUUGUUAACCUAAAGAAAUGAAUAGAUUAUUUGACGUAGUUGUUUAGCACAAAUUUGUGUGAUGAAAUAAAAUAAAAAUUAAUUUAAAAAAAUUAAAACAUGUGUUAUA